GCCUUCGCCGAACACGUGGAGCUGAAAGACUGGACACCCAUAUCAUGUCAGUGGUAGCGUAGUCGUAGUAUUCUUCCACUCUUCUUGUUCCUCUUGUGCGGAUUGGAUUGAAUUUACCGGUUUCUCUUCUCUCCACUAUUGCCAACAUUCAAAAUCGUCAACAUUAUUCAAACGAAUUAGUUUUGUGCUGUCCGUUCCCUUUAAGCUGAGCAGUGAAAUAAAAGGAUCUACAAGCCAACAUCCUUGAUAUGUCUCUCCCUCUGGGAUCUUGUCACUUGUAACGUCAAAAUGCCCAACUCGUGAAGGUUGGCUCUAGUGGAUUGAGGAGGCGGCAACCCAUUUGAAUGAAAUCACUGUGAACGGUUUGUAAACAAACUGGUGGUGGAGGAAGAAAACCGGCUGCUUCAUUGGACUGUAGCAAGAAUGAUGUCGACAUCAAUCAAUAAUUCUUCCUUUCUUGAUCCACACUUUAAUAAAGUUCGUCCGAGAAACGCGACAAUCAAGAAUAACGGUGAUGAAGAAUUCAUGAAAUGGAUGUCUUCAAUGAAUCCGAAGCUGCUCAGCAAGUACCCUGCCUUCUCCAAGGAAUCGCAGGCCAAAUUGAGAUCCUUGUACACUUUCAACCUGCAGACUGACAGUACUGUGGAUGACAUCAUAAAGAAUAUGAAUAGGAGCGAUUCUGAAUAUGAAGCCCUGGCGCUCAAAACUUCUGAUCAUCUUCAACGUCUACACUUGGGCGAUGAUGAAGAGCUUAGCUGUGAUACUCAACAAGCGCUUCUUGAAAAAGGAAGCAUCGUUGUGCAAGGGAAUUUAGGGGACGGGAGUGAUGUGGGAGCUGUUGCCACCUUGGCUGUCGAUUUUCUUGCGCAAUCAAACACUUCCAGGCAGAAGUUAGGCCUUGUCAAAGAUAUUCAGUUGUUGAGAAGGAGAAAUGAGAGAUUGAGAGAGAAUUCUAAAUACUUCGGAAGAGAGCUGAAGUUGGCUACUGAGGAGGUCGCAUCUCAACAGACUUUCCUAGAAAAUUUGAUCAUUGACCUGAAUGUUAGUCAGUCUAACUUGUCAAAACUGAAUCAAACGCUCUCAUCUACCAAAGCUGAGCUCAAUGAACGUGGUGUAACUCCAGCCAUUUCAAAUCAGGCCAUCAUGGACGCUUAUCAGGACUAUAUUACCUUGCAAAAUGAAAUAAAUUGUUUGAAAGGCAAGCUUUCUAAGUAUGGUGAUUUGCCUUGCAGUGUUACAGAGGCCUCUAAAGUUAUCUCAAGUAAAAAGCAGCAUUUGGAUGCCUUAUCAAAUGAGUUGAAAAAUGUACUAGCUUCUUACUAUAGCAAACAUUAGAGUUCAUAAGUGCAUAUUGUAUUCAGUACUACUCUGAAUUUCAACAUAUUGUGAAAAAUGCAAUACUAUGAUAUUUCCUAUGAAAAAAUUAAUUGAUUUGUCAGUGAGACAUUUAAGUUUACUGUAAUAAAUUUUGUGCAACUUUUUCA